AUGAUUGCCAAUUUACCAGACAAUCUGUCAGCCAAAUGGAUCGUCACCGCUCAUCCCCUCCUCGCCGCCUACCACUUGCAGCAUCCGCUGCAGCAGACACUACCGGAGCCGGAUCUCCUCCCGGUCAACGCCGCGCGGGCAUUUUCGUCUAAUCUGUCAACCUAUGCCGUUCCUGCCUUUGCCCUCGCAGACUCCUGCCUCGUCUCCACCGCCCUCCUCGACGCUCUCAACCUCGCCGUCCCAUCGUCAUGGGACGAUCUGGCCGCGCUCUGCACCGCCGCCGCGCCCUCGGUCGCCACCUGCAUCAGCAUCGACGGCGCUGACCCCACCGCCGCCGCCCACGCCCACUCGUCACUCCUCGUCGACGCCCUCCUCCUCGCCACCCACGGCGAGGAGCUGUACGGCCAGCUGCUGGCCGGCAGCAUCCCACCGUCCGAUCCGCGCAUCGCCGCCGUCCUCGCCGCAGCCAUCAAGCUCAACGCCGGUGCGCCGCUCGGCCUACCAUCCGCGCCCGCCGCCAUCCGCUGCGGCGCCAGCCUCGCCUCGCGCCCGCCCUCGCCCGCCGCCGCCGCCUUCUCCCUCGCCGCCCUCGGCUGCCGUACCGCCCGCUGCUCCGCCCCGCUCCCGGUCACAGGCCUCCGCAUCGGUUGGGCCGUCGCCCCGGCCGCGCCGCACCCUGCUGCCGCCCUCGACGCCCUCGACGCCCUCGACACCCUCGACGCCUCCCAAGCCCUCUCGCCUGCCGCCGAUCUCGUCACCAGCGAGCCCGUGGUCAUGCGGAGCUCAGACGCCGUCGCCUGCCUGUCAUGGCGUGCCGCCGUUGCCGAUCUCUACGCCGUGCCGCCACGCACCUCGCCGCCCGACCACCUCUCGACGCCGUCACCACCACCACCUCCGCCACCGCCUUUGUCACCACCGGCCUCCAAGACUCCCAGCUUGUCCAAGUCGGCCAUCGGCGCGCUGGCCGCCUUCUCGGUCCUCGCGCUCAUCGCUGCCGCCGCCGCCGUCUGUUGGUACUGCAGCAUGCGGAGGAAGCGGGCGGCAGUGGCGCACUCGGCGCGGAGCGGUGGCGCUGAGCACGUGGUCAUCGCGCUCGGCGACGUCGAGCUCGGUGGGCCUCUCCUCAUCUGCCGGCACGCGCAGCGAUGGGUCUACGCCGGGCGCUGGCGCGAGAGCGCUGUGGCCAUCGUCCACAUCCCGGCCUCGUCAGGCGCGGCGCUCGACGGCGCCGGCCCGCUGACCCACUUUCGGCACGAGGCGGCCAAGCUCGCCGAGCUCGACCAUCCGCACGUGGCGGCGGUGUACGGCGUGCUCACGGCGCCGGCGGCAGUCAUCGUCCCGCGGAUGGUCGGCGGCUCGCUCUACGCCGCCCUCCACUCGCCGCAGCUCAAGCUCCCGCACAGCCUCCGCCUCGCCUGGGCCGCCGGCAUCACCCGUGGCCUGGCCUUCCUCCACGCCCGCGGCAUCAUCCAUGGCGCCGUCUCCUCCUCGGCCGUCUACUUUGGCACCGACUGGACGCCCGUCAUCACAGACUUUGCCCAGGCCUCGCUCGUCACCGCCAUCUCCGCCGACAUGCGCGCCGCGUUGGUGAAGCGGCCCUCGUCGCACUCGCCGCACUCACCGCCGCCGUCCUCACACUCACGCUCGCACACGCGAUCACGAUCACGCUCGCCUUCGCCCUCGCGCCACCGCCCCGUCGCCUCGUACUCGCACUCGGUCGCGCCGGCCUUGUCCAUCUCGGCCCUCUCGGGCUCGCUCACCACCUCGGCCGCCGCCGUGGGCAAGACCUCGCGGUCCAUGGCCUCGAUGCGGUCGGUGGGGACCGGCAUGGUCGAGUCGUCGUCGCUGAUGGAGACCGUCUGGUCGGGCCUCUCGGCGGUGAUGGACUGGAGCGCCAAGUCGUCGACGACGCUGGCCGCCGACGAUGCCACCGCCACUGCCGCCCUCGGCACUGACCCGGGCCCGCACCCGCCCGUCCUUGCCCGCGCCGUCUACUGGACCGCGCCCGAGCUGCUUGAGACCGUCCUCUGCCCAUCCGAUCCCACCGUCACCGCUGCCGUCGUCGCCCCCGCCGUCACCGCCGCCUCGGACGCCUACGCCCUCGGCAUCACCCUCUGGGAGCUCUGCUCACGCGCCGAGCCCUAUCGCGGCGCUCACCCGCUAGCUGUCGCCCUUGCCACCGCCGCAGACCUUCUUCGCCCCUCACUCGACGCCGCCGCCACAGGUAUGGCCGACCUCGCCGCCCUCGCCGCCCGCCUCUGGGCUCAUGCGCCCGUCGCCCGCAUCGAUGUCGCCGCCGCCGCCGCCGCCGCCCGCGCCCUCGCCGCCCGCGCCCCGCCGCCGCUCCCGCCGUCCGCCGCCCUCGAUGUCGCUAGUGGUGGUGGUGGUGCUGCUGCUGCUGUCUCCGCCCGCACCUCCCCCAACGCCCGCCUCGCCGGCCGCCGCGCUGGCCGCCCCGUUGUUGCCGCACAGGUCUCGGUGGCCAACGCCGUAGCCUGGCUCCGGGCCUCGCCGCACGACGGCGCUGGCGUCAUCGUCGCCUUCCACGCCACCGUCGCCGCCGUCGCCGCCAAGUAUCAGCUCGCCGUCGCCGGCUGGGAGGUGGGCCAGGUGACGCUCGUCGGCUGCGAUCCGGUCGCCGUCCUCACCGCAGGCCGCGAGCUGCUCGAGGUGACCGGCGCACAGCUGCCGCUCUCCGUCCUCAUCGCCAGCAGCGAUCCCAGGCCGCCGGCCCGCGCCCGCACCACCGCCCGCCGCGGCUACGAUCCGCACGUCGCCGCCCUCGCCCUCCUCGCCGACGCCUGGGCCGCCCUCUUUGGCCGCCCGGCUGUCGCCCUCCUCACCGCCGCCGUCAACGCCGCAGGCGCAGACACCGCCGAGCCGGCAGUCCAUCUCCACGCAUACCUCGUCCAGCAGCAGAUGGUCGUCGCCGCCUCCUCGCGCGCCGCCGCCCCGCCGCUCCCGCUCAUCGCCCUCGCCGCCGCCCGCGGCCUCUUUGUCCACGUCGCCCUCUCAGGCGCCCUGCCCUGGCCCUCGGCCGCUCCAGCCUCGGCCGUCGCCCCCGAGCUCGUCUCCGCCCGCGCCGACCUCGCCGCCUCCUCCGCCGGUGCCUUUCUCCGCAUCGCCUUUGGCGGGCCGGCCGGUGGCCCGUCGUCCUUCACGCCCUCGUCGUCCUACCCGUCGUCCGAGCUCCCGCCCCUGACCGAGCCCAUCGCCCUCGCCUCGGACCUGCUCGCCGCCGCCACCACCACCGCCGCCGCCGCCCGCUCCGCCAUCCCCAUCGCCCGCUCAAGCUCGGCCACCACGGCCCUCUGCCCGGCUCCGACCCGGGCCCACCUCCGCCUGGACCUCUCUGUCCUCUCUCGCCGCCUGUCCACCUCCUCCUCCUCGUCGCCGUCGUCGUCGUCGUCAUCGUCGUCAUCGUCGUCAUCGUCGUCAUCAACAUCAUCAUCGUCCGCCUCGUCGUCCGCUUCCUCGUCGUCUGCUGCCGAGGAGCAGCAGGCCCGUCGCACGCCGCCCUCGUCGCCAUCGUCCUCGUCCUCGCCCUCGUCCUCGUCCUCGUCCUCGCUGGUGGCGGCAAACGAGGCGAACCCGGGCGGCUCGCCGCUGGCAUCGACGCGGACCGAGACAACGGCAGGCUCUGCCGCUGACGAUCUCUCGCUGCCGUCGGACGCCGUCUCGCACUGCCUCAUCUCGUCGUCGACGGGCAUCUGCCUCGGCGGUGGAGGGAGGGCCAAGAGCGCCGGUGGCUUCUCGGUCGGCUUCCCCGUCGGCGGCGUGGCAGGCCUCCCAGCACUGCGUCCGCUGCCGUGGCGGGUGCCCGGCGGCCUGAUCCGCUCGCUGGUGGCUUCGGGCCGCGGGCGCGGGUGGUCCGGCUCGUGCGGCGCGAGCACGCCCGGCCGCUACGCCCAGCCCUUUGGCCGGGCCGACAUCGCCGUGGUCGUCAAGGUUCUCCGCCGCCAGGCCUACGCGCCCGAGGCCCUUGUCCGCAUCGUCGCUGCCGCCUCCACCGCCGCCCUCGUCGCCGAGGCCUCGCCAGCCCUCAUCGGCCCGCUCGCCGUCUGCCUCGACCCGCCGCACAUCGCCCUCGUCUACCCGCGCUAUCCGGCAGGCACCCUCGCCGACGCCCUCGCCACCGCUGCCCCGGCCUCCCUCGCCCCGCCGAUUGUCCGCGCCGUCGCCAUCGCCACCGCCACCGCCCUCGCCCGCCUCCACGCCGCUCUCGGCGACGGCUCGGGCCACGGCAUGCUCCACCCGGCCAACAUCCUCCUCGUCGCCUCACGCACCGGCGAUACCGUCGAUGCGCACCUAGUCGACUUUAGCCUCGGCCCCAUCCGCGCAGAGCUCGGCGCCCUCGCCGCCGUACCGCACCCGGCUUACGCCGCUCCCGAUCUCCUUGCCCCCGCCGCUGCCGCCGCCGCCCUCGCCGCCGCCGCACGCGAUGUGCCCACCUCCUCAGCGUCGUCGUCCCUCUCCUCGGCGCCCGCGGACGUCUUUAUCUUUGCCUCGAUCCUCUACGAGAUGCUCACCGGCCGCAAGGCCUUUGCCGGCCACAACGUCCUCGCCGUCGCCGCCGCCGUCGCCGACUGCCGCACCCCACCCGUCCUCCCGGACACCAUCGCCUCGCCCGAGCUCCGCGCCAUCAUGGCGGAAGCGUGGGCGCCCGAUCCGGCCGCACGUCCCUCCAUGCGCGACAUUGCCGCCCGCCUCGCCCUCCUCGCCACAGCAGACUACGCCGCCCAAGGCCGCUCCCACCCGCCCGCCGGCCGAAUCUCGCUCGCCGUCGCCGCCCAUCGCUACGCCUCGCGCUAG